AUGCACAUUAUCACAAUAAACAAGGCCGGUGUGGAAGAAAAUAAAAUCACUGAAGGUACACAAAAGGAAGGCAAACCUCAAGAUUCCAUUCAGACUUCAGUGAAAAGUAAAAUCUUUGAAGAGAACACAAAACCUAAAUCAGGUGCCACCAAAACAGAUCUGAAUGCCAAAAUAACUCCACUGCCAGUCAUGCAUAAAAAAGACUUCAAGAAAUUGCCUGUAUGGGAUUUUGAGAAUGUGUAUCAACGGGACACUCGGCCAAGGCAAACGAUAUGUGAGAAGUCCCUCAGGAAGUCUGAAGACCCACAAUUUAAGAAGGCCUUCAUUCCCAAUAUUCAGCUGUUCAUGCACAGGGAACACCUGAAUAUCACUGAGUGGAACAGAUUGGCUCACUUCAAUAAUCCCUUUGGCUUCAUGGGAUACAACUACACAGAGGUGAAGCAGGCAGUGGAUCUUAUCCCCAACCUAAGGGACUAUGAACUCCUGCCAGUUCCCACAGCUGACAAGCAGGGCUGUAUCCGCUGUGCUGUUGUGGCCACUGGAGGGAUUCUCAAUGGCUCUAGGAUGGGCAAGGAAAUUGACUCUCAUGACUAUGUGUUUCGAAUGAAUGGUGCUGUCAUCAAGGGUUAUGAAGAGGAUGUAGGAAAUAAGACCUCAGUCUAUGUCCACACAGCCUACUCCUUGGUCUCCUCACAUUAUACAUUGAAGAAAUAUGGCUUUAACAACAUCCUCAAAGACGAGAGCAUCAAGUAUGUUCUGAUCCCUGAGGGCUUGAGGGAUUUUCGGUUUCUCGAGGGACUACUUCAGAAGAAGGUUGUGUCGAAGGGCGAGUUUCAAUCUCAUUGGCCCUGGCAGUACUAUGCCAGUCAGUUUGAUGUGAAAAGAUUCUAUGUUCUUCACCCGGAUUUUCUCAGAUAUGUACGCAACAGCUUCUUGUGGUCCAGCACCCUAGAAGGACCAUAUUGGCAUAUAUACAGGCCCACCAAUGGAGCAUUCACCAUGUUUCUUGCACUGCAUACCUGCGAUAUUGUGGAUGCCUAUGGAUUCAUUACAGCAGACCACCCCAAAUAUUCCAACUACUACUAUGAAAGGUUUAGAAAAACCAAUGUCAUUUUUUAUGGUAAUCAUGAUUAUGGUCUGGAGAUCAAAACAUGGAAGAAACUGCAUGAUGCCAACAUCAUUAGACUCUACCAGAGAGAAGAGGAGACCCAAAAGAGUGGAAAAAGAAUCCAAAUUUGAAUGAAUGCUGCCAUUUAUUG